AUGGACUCCGAGCCCAUCCUCCCGGAGGAGUACGAGGACCCGGACGACGAGGACGUGUUCCUCAACGACGUCAUCGUCGCGGACGCGGAGCGCGAGCACUGGAAGCGCAAGCCCGCGCCGGAGCUGAACGUCGAGAAGGACAACAUCGUGUUUCAACAGCUGGACAUCGACUACAUCAUCGGCGAGCCGCACGCGAUGCUCGGGCCGCAGCGGAAGGCCAUGGGCGCGGCCGCGAUGCUUCGCAUCUUCGGCGUGACCGCGGGAGGGAACUCCGUGUGCGUGCACGUGCACGGGUUCGAGCCGUACUUCUACGCGAAGGUGCCGGAGUCGUUCCGCGACGACCAGUGCGAGGGGUUCCGAAAAAACUUGAACGACCUCAUGCAGCAGCAACAGCGCGGCGGGAACAACGGCGGGAACGGGACGUUCAUCUCCGCGGUGAGCGUCGUGAGGGACAAGCAGUCGCUGAUGUACUACCAGGAAGGCCGGACCGCGAUGUUCGUGAAGAUCACGACGACGCUGCCGAACAUGGUGGCGACGGCGCGCGGGAUCCUCGAGAAGCAGGGUCUCCUCGUCCCGGGGCUGCACGUCUCCGCGCUGACGUUCAUGACGUUCGAAUCCAACGUCCUGUACACGCUUCGGUUCAUGGUCGACCGCGGCAUCGUCGGCGGGAACUGGCUCGAGCUCCCGCCGGGGGGGUAUCACCUCCGCGCGAAGAAGAGCUCGAUGUGUCAGUACGAGUGCGACGUCGCGUUCGACGCGGUGAUUUCGCACGCGCCGGAGGGGCAGUUUAGCAAGCUCGCGCCGUUUCGCAUUCUGUCCGUGGACAUCGAGUGCGCGGGGCGGCGCGGGCACUUCCCGGACGCGGAGCACGACCCGGUGAUACAGAUCGCGACGAUGGUGACGUGCCAGGGCGACGACAAGCCUAUCAUCAAGGCGAUCUGGACGCUCGACACGUGCGCGCCAAUCGUAGGCGCGGACGUGCUCUCGUUCACGGACGAACGCGAGCUUCUGCGCUCGUGGGGGAAGUUCCUCCGGUCCACGGACCCGGACUUGCUCAUCGGGUACAACAUCGUGAACUUCGACUUCCCGUACCUCAUAAAUCGCGCGGCGACGCUCGGCGUGGAGGACUUUCCGUACUGGGGUCGUAUGAUCGGCAGCAAGCUGAGGAUGAAGGACACGACGUUUUCGUCCAAGGCGUACGGCACGCGCGACAGCAAGGAGAUCACGAUCGAAGGCCGCGUGCAGUUCGAUCUUCUUCAGGCUGUGCAGCGGGACCACAAGCUGUCGUCGUACUCCCUCAAUGCGGUCUCCGCGCACUUCUUGGGGGAGCAAAAGGAGGACGUGCACCACUCCGCGAUUUCCGAGCUUCAAGCCGGGACGUCGGAGACGCGUCGCCGCCUCGCGGUGUAUUGCCUCAAGGACGCGUACCUCCCGCAGCGGUUGCUCGAUAAGUUGAUGUACAUGUACAACUACAUCGAGAUGGCGCGCGUCACGGGCGUGCCGCUGUCCUUCUUAUUAUCCCGCGGGCAGUCCAUCAAGGUGUUAUCCCAGAUUUUACGGAAAGCGCGGCAGCGCGGGUUGCUCGUCCCGCACAUGCCGAAAAAGGGCGCGUCGGAUCAGCAAGAGGGCGGCGUCGCGUACGAGGGCGCGACCGUCCUCGACGCGAAAGCGGGGUACUACGAGCUCCCGAUCGCGACGCUGGAUUUCGCGUCGCUGUACCCGUCGAUCAUGAUGGCGCAUAACCUGUGCUACUGCACGCUCGUGCCGCAGAACAUGGUGAGCCGGAUGAACCCCGAGGACGUCUCCAAGUCGCCGACGGGGGACGUGUUCGUGAAGUCGAACAAGACGAAGGGCAUCCUGCCGGAGAUUUUAGAGGAGCUCUUGAGCGCGCGCAAACGCGCCAAGGCGGACCUGAAGAAGGCGCAGGACCCCUUAGAAAAGGCGGUCCUCGACGGCCGUCAGCUCGCGCUGAAGGUGAGCGCCAACUCGGUGUACGGCUUCACCGGCGCCACUGUCGGCGCGUUGCCGUGUCUCGAGAUUUCCGCCUCCACGACGUCGUACGGCCGCAACAUGAUCGACCAGACGAAGGAGCUCGUCAUGGAGAAGUACAACACGAAGAACGGGUACAGCGCGAACGCGGACGUCAUCUACGGCGACACGGACUCGGUCAUGAUCAAGUUUAACGUCACGGACUUGGAGGAGGCGAUGAAGCUCGGCGAGGAAGCCGCGACGUACGUCUCGUCGACGUUUAUCAAACCCAUCAAGCUCGAGUUCGAGAAGGUGUACUGGCCGUACCUGCUCAUCAGCAAGAAGCGAUACGCCGGUCUGCUGUGGACGAACCCGAAGAAGCACGACUACAUGGACACGAAAGGGAUCGAGACCGUGCGGAGAGAUAACUGUCUGCUCGUGAGGCAAGUCAUCGAGACGGUGCUUCAGAAAAUUUUAAUCUCGCGCGACGUCCCGGGCGCUGUUGACUACGUCAAGCGAACCAUCUCGGACCUUCUCAUGAACCGCAUGGACCUGUCCCUCCUCGUGAUCACGAAGGGGCUCACCCAAGACGCGGACGCGUACGAGAACAAAGCCGCGCACGUCGAGCUCGCGAAGAGGAUGAAGGAGCGCGACCCGGCGACGGCGCCCGUCGUCGGCGAUCGCAUCGCGUACGUCAUCGUGAAAGCCGCGAAGAACGCGAAGGGGUACGAAAAGUCCGAGGACCCGAUCUGGGCGAUGGAGCACAACCUCCCGAUCGACUGCCAGCACUACUUGGACCACUACCUCGGGAAGCCGCUGAUGCGCAUCUUCGAGCCGAUCAUGAAGGACGCGUCGUCGCAGCUGUUGAAGGGGGAUCACACGCGCGCCAUCUCUCAGCCGACGCCGAGCAGCGCCGCGGGCGGGAUCAUGCGGUUCGCGAAAGUGCGUCUGUCGUGCGUCGGGUGCAAGGCGUCCAUCACGGACGAGAAGACGUCCACGGCGCUGUGCGCGCACUGCCUCGCGAAAGAGCCGGAGCACUUGCAGAGGGCGCUGAACACGGUGAACGACCUCGAGCGGGAUUUCAACCGGCUCUGGACGCAGUGCCAGCGGUGCCAGGGGAGUUUGCAUCAGGACGUCCUGUGCACGUCGAGGGAUUGCCCGAUUUUCUACCGAAGGAAGAAGGUCGCGAAGGACCUCGGGGAGGCGGAAUCGACGCUGAAGCGGUUCGAUUGGUGAUGAGACGACGCGGCGCGGGGAGGGAGGGGGCGCGGGGAGCGACCGAGAGAACGUUUAGACGAGCCAGCGGCACGAUUUUUACGAACACAGCAGAGAGAACCGACAAAAA